AAAAACAUUUGGCUAAUGAGUUACGGGGCGCAGCGGGCCUUCCCCCGGGCCGCCCUGCCGUCGCACAGCGCCGGCCCCAAUCAGCACCCGGGCGAUUUUGCAAUCCUGGCCGCUAUUUCUGUGCCGUUGGAGUUUAAACUUUGCCACUCGGGUCAGGGCGAGGAGGAGGAGGUGGCCGCGCUCGGCGUCCGCCCCGCUGCCGUGCGCCGAGGGGGUUCAGAAGCCGGGACGGAUCCGCUGGGUUGGGGAUCUCACGCAGCCAUGGCCUCCACCGUGGGCAGCCUCGACAGCCUCGACCUGCUGGACCUCCUCUUCGACCGCCAGGACGGGAUCCUCCGUGGCGUGGAGCUGGGGACAUCCCCGGGCACCUGGCACGAGGACGGGCGCACCGGGGACGGCGAUGACUUCCUCAGCUCCAUCCUGGGCUCUGGGGACUCAGCAUCCGACUCUCCCAGCUGGUCCCCAGCCGCCAGCGACAGCGGGGUCUCCGAGGACCCCUCCUCCGACCAGCUCGACAGCCCCCCGGGGUGCUGCGACGGGGGGCUCGGCGAGGCCCCGUACCCCUACGCCAACCCCUGCCAGGUCCUGCCGCUCCCCGGGGGCACCGGGGCCCCGCGCCCCGAGGUCUCCAUCGACCUGGACAUGUGGCACCCCGGCUUCUUCAUGGAGGAGGGCCGGGACCUGCCCGUGGUCUCCGCACCCGCGUCCUGCACCCUCACCGUCAAGGACCUGCUGCUCUCAGGCAGCUCUGAUGCUCAGCCACAGGCGCCCAGCUCCCUGCUGAGGCAGAGCCAGGGCCAGUUCCAGGAGCUGGUGCUGACGGAGGAUGAGAAGAAGCUGCUGGCGAAGGAGGGGGUGUCCCUGCCCACGCAGCUGCCCCUCACCAAGUACGAGGAGCGGGUGCUGAAGAAGAUCCGUCGGAAGAUCAGGAACAAGCAGUCGGCUCAGGAGAGCCGCAAGAAGAAGAAGGAGUACAUCGACGGGCUGGAGAGCCGGUACGGCCCCGAGCCCCUGGGCCCAGCUGGGGGCCGACAGCGGUGCCCCCCCCACCUCACGCCUUUCUCCCCGUCCCCCAGGAUGUCAGCGUGCACGGCCCAGAACCAAGAGCUGCAGAGGAAAGUCCUGCACCUGGAGAAGCAGAACUCGUCCCUCCUGGAGCAGCUGAAGAAACUCCAGGCCCUCGUGGUGCAGUCGAGCAACAAGGCAGCACAGACGGGGACCUGCAUCGCGGUCCUGCUGCUCUCCUUCACGCUCAUCGUCUUCCCCUCCAUCAGCCCGUUCGCCCCGAGCAAGGCCGAGGCAGACGGGGACUUCGGACCGGUGCGAGUUUUCUCCAGGUCCCUGCACAACGCCGCUGCCUCCCGCGUGGCUUACGCACAGCCCCGAGCCAGGGACGAGAAGAACCCGGAGCCGCUGUGGUCGGAGCACGCAGGCGAAAGCCCCGAGACGCUGCACGAAGCUUUCAGCGGCCGCUCCUUCUCUCCACGCCCGGACAAGGCUUCGCCCCGGAACAGCACCCAGCAGCUCGCCUCCGACAGCUUGAGCCACGGGGACAGGGAGCGAGAUGGCACCGCGUCGGGGGGUGGCACCACGCUGGGGGGUGGCAGCACGUCGGGGGACAGCCUGGCAUCGCUCACGUGGACCAAGGGCGACCACAGCAGCCGGCCCGCGGUGCUGGAGCCGGCUGAGGAGCUUUAAGCAGCACCCAGGGACCACAGGGGGUGCGCCGGGGUGGCUCAGCGCCCCAUCCCCUCUGGGACAAGCCCUCGGGGUGGCCCCCCAGGGUCCCCCUCCAGGCGUGGACAGAUGCUGGACCCACUUGGCUUUGCUUCUAUCUGUGAACUGGGAAGAGAAGACUGGUUCCCACUGGCCUUACUGGGAGGGAAGGAAGGGGCUGCUCCUGCCCGCUGCGGAAGGGACACGGGGUUGGUCAAGGUGGGGAGGAGGGGACCCAAAAGGCUCUGGUCUGGCUGGUUAUUGACGCUGCAGCUUGGUGGUUUUGUUCACUUUUUUUUUUUUAACUUCAUUUUCAUCACUAAAUAAAGGUAUUUUGGAAAAAAAAA